AUGGAGAAGGAGGAGCUGAAUUUUGACCUCCCUGAACAUAUAAUUCUGCAGAUUCUGUGUAGGGUGCCAGUCAAGUCUUUGAUUCGAUUCAGUUGUGUAUCGAAACGGUGGCGUAGUAUCAUAAUUUCUGACCCACAAUUUGGAAAAGCGCACCUCAAACUAGCAUCUGAGCAGCGAAGCAUCACUAAGAGACUCAUUCUCUCCGUAUUCCUUUCUGCUAGUUUUAGAGAUCAUCAAUUUCAAACCAGAGUUGAUCUUCGAAGUCAAUCCUUAGAAAGUUUAUUUGGAGAUAAUUCUUCGGUCACAAAUCUCACCUUCCCAUCUGAGGAUAUUCGCAGAACUAAUAUACUGGGUUCGUGCAAUGGGUUGGUAGUUCUACUUGAUUAUUACAAAGAGUGGUCUAUUUGGAACCCAUCAACAAGGUUCUUCCGCAAAAUUCCUGCUCCAGACUUUUCAUCAGUAACGAAAAAAUCUACAAUUACUCAACCAGAUAGAUACGGUUUUGGUUAUGUCUCAUCCACUGAUGACUACAAACUUGUUUUAGUAGUCCACAUUGGUUCUGAUGACUUUCGUCCUGAUGACUUUGGUUUUGCACCGGAUGUUAAGAUCUUCAUAUUCUCAGUGAGAGCUAACUCUUGGAAAAUUAGUGAAGUUUCUCGCUGGCCAUUCCUCAGGUACACACCGACUAGCGACUGUGGAACUCUCUCAAAUGAAGCGAUCCAUUGGGUUAACCAAUACUAUGACUAUCUAGAAGGCUACACUGAAGCAAUCUGUGCUUUUGAUUUGGAAAGUGAGGAGUUACGUAAAGUGCCUGCUCCUUGUUUUAACCAAGAUGAUUAUGAUGAUCGAGUUUUAAAUAGAAGAAUGCAGACUGUUGUUGAUUCAGGAGGAUGUCUUUGCGUUUCGUUUCAGUUUUUUCAUGCUAACUAUAAGGAUAUUGAAUUGUGGAUGAUGAGAGAUUACGGGGUGUCCAAUUCAUGGAUGAAACUUCUCAAAUUUAGCAACUAUGAUUUACCGGUUCAGCUUACAACAAAUUAUGGUUGGGAUAUAAGUUUGGUUAUCGAAAGUGGUUCAAUUGUGAUCAAGUUAUAUGACAACACGGAGUGGCUCAGGAUUAAAUGUCGUAAAGAAGAGAAACCGGUCUGUGUCGGCCGAUAUAGGCUUAAGGAAAUGUUCUGGGGUUACUUUUUAAACCCGACUGUUGUAUAUGAUGAAACUCUAAUAUCGGUACCAGAAUGAUUACAGUGAAUCAUAGUAGUAAUCUUUUGUUGGACGCAGCUUUGUAUGACGAAACUCCAUCUGUUUGUCUGUGCUGAAU